AUGAUCACUCCCCGGCAGAACGAUCAAUACAGCCAUGGUUUGUUCGUUCAUGAGAUUCUGGAGGCCAUUUUGAGCAACAAACCUUUUGCUAAUCUCGACAAUCCGCAGACGUCUCGAACGAAGUACCUCGGCAUGAUCGACGCGCUACCGAACCGCCAUCUCGCCAGACUCCCGAAAGCCCAGCCCUUGAACACCAAGAGCCUCGACAAAGACUUUUGGAGUGGCUCCAUUCCCAAUUCACUGUCAGUCCUAACAGCGACAGGAUGA